AUGAGCAUCUUUGCAAUUUACAGAAGAUCACCACCUUUAUUCGGUAAAUUAUAUGCAUUGGCGCGACCCGAAUAUGAACAAACAGAUCUACUCCAUCAACUCGUUAGUCAAUUGAGCCCUAAAAUUUUAAAGUCUGAAGGGGUCCCGGUUUAUCGAGCUUCUCAGUGUUGUGGAGAGUUUAUUGUUACUUUUCCAAGGACAUAUCAUGCGGGAUUCAGUUGUGGUUUUAACUGUGUGGAGGCUGUCGAUGUGGCCCCUAUUGAUUGGAUGGAACAUGGACAAGGUGUAGUCGAGGUGUACAGUCAGCAAAGACGAAAAACAUCAAUAUCUCAUGAUAAUUUGUUAUUAGCUAGAGAAGGGAUUAGGGCUUUAUGGGAAGCUUCAUUUUUUAAUAAAGAAACUUGCGAGAAUUUAUAUUGGAAACAUGUUUGUGGGAAGAAUGGGAUACUCACCAAUGCUGUCAAGGUAGUUGAAGCCGCUUUCAACAACAUAUCUUUUUUACUUCAGAUGUUUUCUUAUGCUGGCUUCUGGAAUUAUUCUAUUACAACAAACAUGUUUAGUGGUUGGAAUUGAACCUAAAGAUGGUUGCUGAUAUAGGAAUAGUGGGUGCUCCAAAUGUAAGAAAAAUCAUGUUUUUAAGUGUUAU